AUGGGCAUUGUUGACUAUUUUAGUCCACCGCGUGGCCAUCAGGCACAUGGUGGUGAUGAAACACCCACCGUGGAAGCCCCAAAAGUAAUCGAGCCUGAUGUUAUCUCUAGCCCGGACUUUUCGGGCGCUGUCACACCUGCGCACAUGCUCCCUUCCCCGGCAGGCAGCGAGGAUCCUCUUAUUUUCGAGAAGAUCCCGCAUCAGUUCGGUCGCCUGGCUUCUUGGAAAGGGUCUCUGAUUUUGCUUGUCACUUCCGGCUCUCAGUUUUUAGACAAUGUCUUCAUGACAAGUGCCAACAUUGCCCUUUCGUCAAUUCAACAGGAUUUCGACGUGUCUAGUACCGAUUUGCAAUGGAUGAUUUCUGCAUAUACUUUGUCGUUCGGUGGCUUUCUUUUGUUGGCCGGUGCUUUGUCCGAUCGUUAUGGGCGAAAGAAGAUCCUCUGUCUCGGUCUUGCCUGGCUUUCCGUAUGGACCCUGGCCAUUGGAUUUGGGCAAUCCUUUAUUCAACUUACGGUGUUCCGUGGCAUUCAAGGAAUUGGAGCUGCGAUGACUGUGCCAUCUGCUAUUGGGAUCAUCAGCUCUUACUUUAGUGGUGUUGAUCGUACCCGUGCACUAUCAAUCUAUGGAGCCUCGGGAACCCUGGGAUUCUGUACCGGCCUCAUCUUUGGCGGCUUCUUGACCUCUUCGUUGGGCUGGAGAUACAUCUUCUAUCUGAUUGUUAUCAUUACUGGGUCUUUGGGGAUUUUGGGCUUUAUCGUCCUUCCAAGCGAUGUCCCUUCCGAAAAGAAACACGAAAGAAUGGACUACAUUGGCGCAGUGAUGUCGACAGCUGGCCUGAUCCUGCUCCAAUUCGUCCUGUCCAGUGGUGGAACCUACGGCUGGGACCAGCCAUUCAUCAUUGUGUUGCUGAUCUUGGCGGUUGGUCUUCUCCUUGGAUUCACAAUCCUUGAGAAAUACGUCGGCAACCCUAUCAUGCCGCUUUCUUUGUGGAAGAUUCGUAAUUUCGCCGGUCUCUGGGUUAUUGGUUUCACUGGCUACGGCACCUACCAAAACGUUAUUUACUAUAUCGUUCUUAUGGCACAGGAAGUGGACAAGCUUUCCGCUGGCGAUACAGCCCUUCGCUUCCUGCCUAUGGGAGCGAUCGGCUUCAUUGUUUCUCUUGGGACAGGAAAGCUCCUCGAGUUCAUGAAUGGAAAGCACCUCCUCAUUAUCGGACUGGUUCUGGCUGUUGUCGCUCCCAUCUCGAGUGCUUUGACUUCCAAUCCUGAAGCAGGCUUUUGGCUCAAUGUUCUCCCCACAUCCCUUAUCAGUAUCUCAUCUGUGUCUUUUAUUUUCGUGACAACGAGCACUGUGGUACUCACAAGUGUACCGGUUGAAGUUAAGAGUCUUGCUGGCGGAAUGCUCAACACUGCAUUCCAAAUUGGCUCUGGUGUUGCAUUGGCUAUAUCAGCGGCUGUCACCGAUGCCGUCGAUAUUCAGCAAGGGCACGGUCUCGCGGAGCAAUACGCUACUGGCCUCUGGUGCUCUGUCGGCCUAGCUGGGCUUGGACUGAUCCUUGGUCUUGUUUCUGUUCGGCACAAAGGCAUCGGACCUAAAGAUAGAUUGGGUGCCGGCCCAGUUGCUAUCUAA